AAACCCUAAAUUCCCAACCCUUCCCUUACUAGUUGCCACUCACGCUUCAACCAUUCAACCCUAAGCCGAAAACCCUCUUCUCGCCUUGCUCUCUGCAUCGGCCAUCAAAGAUGCAGAUCUUCGUCAAAACCCUAACGGGCAAGACCAUAACUCUCGAGGUAGAGUCCUCGGACACUAUCGACAAUGUGAAGGCCAAGAUCCAAGACAAGGAGGGCAUCCCACCGGACCAGCAGCGCCUCAUCUUCGCCGGAAAGCAACUGGAAGACGGAAGGACCCUUGCCGACUACAAUAUUCAGAAGGAGUCGACUCUCCACCUAGUGUUGCGUUUGAGGGGUGGAGCCAAGAAGAGGAAGAAGAAGACCUAUACCAAACCCAAGAAGAUCAAGCACAAGAAGAAGAAGGUCAAGCUCGCCAUCCUUCAGUUCUACAAGGUUGAUGAUAGCGGCAAAGUGCAGAGGCUGAGGAAGGAGUGUCCUAACGCUGAGUGUGGGGCUGGUACUUUUAUGGCCAAUCAUUUUGAUAGGCACUACUGUGGUAAGUGUGGUCUCACCUACGUUUACCAGAAGGCAGGCGGUGACUGACCUUAAGAUUCGUCCUGAGUAGCAGAGCAAAAUUUUCGUUUCAAGUGUUGAAUAUUAUCUUCUUUGGACCUGUUUGUUGAACUUACUUUUAUGGCUGUUAUUUUUUAUUAUAUAUUUGGCUACUCUGGAUGAUAAAUUUUGCAGUUUAAUGGUCAAUUUCUACAUUAAUGUUGCUUGCUUGA